AUGCAGCUCAACAUCUCUUCCUCUUCUCCUCUCCCGGUCUCUCUCAGCUCUCUGGAGGACUUCCUGCUUAACGGCUCCGGUACCGGGUACGGUAACGGCUCGGCGGCGGGCGGCGGAGCUCCGUCGGCGGGCAGCGCGGCUCUCAUCUCGUCCAUCUACUCGGUGGUGUGUCUGGUGGGUCUGAGUGGGAACUCCAUGGUGAUCUACGUCAUCUUCCGGUACGCCAAGAUGAAGACGGCCACCAACCUGUACCUGCUGAACCUGGCGGUGGCAGACGAGCUGCUGAUGCUCAGCGUGCCGUUCGUGGUGACCGCCGCGCUGCUGCGCCGCUGGCCGUUCGGUGCAGCGCUGUGCCGCCUCGUGCUCAGCGUAGACGCCAUCAACAUGUUCACGAGCAUCUACUGCCUGACGGUGCUCAGCGUGGACCGCUACAUCGCCGUGGUGCACCCGCUGCGGGCGUCCCGGUACCGGCGGCCCACCGUGGCCAAGCUGGUGAACGUGUGCGUGUGGAUGUUCUCGCUGCUGGUCAUCCUUCCCAUCAUCCUCUUCUCCUCCACCGCCCCCAACUCGGACGGCUCGGUGGCCUGCAACAUGCAGAUGCCGGAGCCGGAGCGGCGCUGGAUGGCGGCGUUCGCAGUCUACGCCUUCCUGAUGGGCUUCCUGUUUCCGGUGCUCGCCAUCUGCCUGUGCUACGUGCUGAUCCUGAGUCAGCUGCGCGUGGUGGCGCUGCGGGCGGGCUGGCAGCAGCGCCGGAAGUCAGAGAGGAAGAUCACGGUGAUGGUGACGGUGGUGGUGUCGGUGUUCGUGGUGUGCUGGAUGCCCUUCCACGUGGUGCAGCUGGUGGGAGUCUUCCUGCAGCGUCAUGACCCCACCCUCAGCCAGUUGGCCGUCGUCCUCGGUUAUGCCAACAGCUGCGCCAACCCGCUGCUGUAUGGUUUCCUGUCCGACAACUUCCGGCGCUCCUUCCAGAGGAUCCUGUGUCUGCGCUGGAUGGAGGCCCCUGAGGAGCCCCUGGACUACCUGGACUACUACAGCACGGCCCUGAAGAGCCGCAGACUCAGCCUAGACCAGGACCAGCAGGAGAACCGGGAGCAGGACUCAGAGAACAGGACCAGGACCUGUCCCCUGCAAACACCAGCUCCAGGGUGUAGUCCGAGUCCUGCAAACACCUCCAAAAUUUAAAGGACCAUAAUGUGUUUUUUUGUCUAAAUCCAAGUACUGUGUGGACACUUAGACCCCUGGAUGACAUGGACUACUACAGCUCAGUCGCAGAUUCAGCCUGUAUCAGCAGGAGGGCCAGGAGCAGUUUCUCAGAGAACAGGGCCUGUCCCAACAGAGCAACCUACAACUUCAGGAUGUGGUCUGGACUGUGCUGACACCUCCAGGAUUUAAAGGAUCUGUGUUUUUUAUGCUGUAGUCCUGUUGAAGCUCAAGCUUUACUUUUUGCAACUAAAAGGAUCCACAUGGGUCCACAGGGAUCCACAAAGGUCCAUGGCCAAACAUUUAGAACCUCAUGGACUAGGCAUGGAGAUCCGAAGAAGUUUCUAUCCGCUCGUCACUGACUAAAGUUAUAAUGAAGGUUCCGUUCAGAUCUGGGAUCAGCUGCUAAAUGAAUGAAGCUAAUUAAUGUUGAUAACCUGAAUGUGACCUGAGAUAUUGAUUGUUUAUUGAUAUUGAUUGUUGUGACUCAGUGAAACAACACCUGGAACAAACUCACACCAGGAUCUAAAGGGAACCAUCAGAACCCGACCGUGUAGAGAACCAAUACAGUCUGGUCAGUGUUUAUUUGGUGCCUGUUCCUACGAUAAUCUACAGAAUUGUUCUGUGGUUGUACUUUCUGAAAGUAAAGUCAGGAUUCUUUCAAAAUAAAACCAAGUAUAGUUUUUACUCCUCAGUGAAUCAGACCAGUAUUUGCUGUGACCCUCCCUUUGCCUUUAAACCAGCUCUAGUUCUCCUCAGUUCACCCUCUCACAGUUCUUCAGGUUCUUCAGGUUAUUCCUUCAUCUUGGAGAAUCUGCCUCAGGUCUUCUCUCUCUUUAUGUGAUCCAGACUGCCUCCAUGGUGCUGAGAUCAGGUCUCUUUGGUAGCCAGACAAUCCAGGUUCUCCUGGUCUCUGAAGAUACUUUAUGACUCUGGACCAAUCAGAUGCCUCCUUAUGAUGAUGAUGGAGACGAGUAUGAAGGUCUAAAGGGUCUAAACCUGGUGCCUGCUACUGUGGGUUUACAGAUUCAGGGGCCAACAGCUCAUUUUAGGCCCCAGGGUCGGAAAUAGGUGCAGGUCGCUGUAACACACAGGUGAAACCAGGACUGAGACCUGGACCUGUGGUGGUUUUCUCUCUUCAGUCGAUGGUUAAAGAUAAACUGUCACUGACACC